AUGCUCUUGUGGUAUAGGAGACUCCCUACCCUUCUCAUCUCACCUCCUGAAAGGAAAACAAGAAAUUAAGAGAGGAGUACGUGCAGUCAUGGUUCCCCUAAACAACCUGUGGUUCUUGCUAUCUCUUUUCCUUCUUUGCUUCUCUUUCGAGAUCCAUCUCUCCUAUGGAGCUGACACCAUUUCUUUAGGCGAGUCUCUUUCCGGGAAUCAGACCAUAGUCUCUUCCCAAGGCAACUUUGAACUGGGCUUCUUCAAACCAGGUAAUUCGACUCAGAACUACUAUAUAGGCGUCUGGUACAAAAAAAUCUCGGUCAAGACGAUAGUUUGGGUAGCAAACAGAGAAAAUCCCGUCUCUGACAUUUAUUCUUCACAGCUUAAACUCUUAGAGGAUGGUAAUCUGGUCCUGCUCGACCAGUCUAACAUCCAGGUUUGGACGACAAAUUUGACCUCUACAACCUCGAAUUCUAUCGAGGCAGUGCUUCUUGACAAUGGAAAUCUUGUUUUGAGGGAUGGUCCGAAUUCCUCUGUUUACAUGUGGGAGAGCUUUGAUCACCCAACUCACACUUGGUUGCCUGGUGGAAAGCUUGCAAGGAAUAAACAAACCAACACAACCCAGCGCCUUACUUCAUGGAGAAGUAAGGAAGAUCCUGCUCCGGGUAUUUUUUCUCUCGAGCUAGAUCCAGCCGGAACCAGUCAAUACUUCAUACUGUGGAACGGGUCUGUAAGAUACUGGACCAGUGGGACCUGGAAUGGGCAAAUUUUCAGCUUAGUUCCUGAAAUGAGAUUGAAUUAUAUCUACAAUUUCAGCUACAUCAACAAUGAGAACGAGAGCUACUUCACCUAUACUGUCUAUAAUAGUUCUAUUAUUUCUAGAUUUGUCAUGGAUAUUUCGGGGCAAGUUAAGCAAUUGUCGUGGCUCGAAGGCUCCAACGAGUGGAACUUGUUUUGGAGUCAACCUAGAACGCAGUGUGAGGUCUAUAACUUAUGUGGGACUUUUAGUACCUGCAACGACCGAGCCAUGCCCUUCUGUGAAUGCUUGCCUGGUUAUGAACCAAGCUCUGUAAGAGAUUGGAACCUCAGCGACUGGUCUGAUGGUUGCCGGAGGAGAACCCCAUUGAACUGUAACAAUAAUGAUGGGUUCUUAAUCAUGCCCAAUAUGAAAUUGCCCACAGGCACCUCAAAUUUGGCAACUGGGAGUCCCGAUGCCUGUAGAUCAGCUUGCUUGAACAACUGUUCUUGCAACGCAUAUGCCUAUGCCAAUGGUCAGUGUUCCAUUUUGGAGGGAGACUUGUUGAGUCUGCAAGAAAUCUCAGAAGGUGAUGACAGUGGAGUUAAUCUCUAUCUCAAACUUGCCGCAUCUGAUAUUCCAACUCCAAGUUCUGGUAGCAAGAAGGGAACACCUGCUGGCGCUAUCAUAGGUGCCAUUGCAGGGUCUGUAAUCCUCUUUGGCUUUAUUUUGGUGCUAAUAUGGACAAGGAAGAGUGGGGGAUCACUUAGGUUGUCAGAUGCAGUUGAGGGUUCUUUGAUUCCUUUUGGUUACAGAGACUUACAGAUUGCUACCAAGAACUUCUCAGAAAAAUUGGGGGGAGGAGCUUUCGGUUCUGUUUUUAAAGGAACUUUGACUGAUUCAACUGUCAUAGCGGUGAAGAAGCUUGAAGGCCUCAGACAAGGAGAGAAACAAUUCCGGACAGAGGUUAGUACAAUCGGGACCAUUCAGCAUGUUAAUCUCGUUCGCCUUCGGGGCUUCUGCUCUGAAGGAACUAAAAGAUUGCUUGUGUAUGAUUACAUGCCAAAGGGCUCUUUAGAUUUUCAUUUAUUUCAUGGAAAUAAGUAUUCUAAUAUUAUAGACUGGAAGACGAGAUAUCAGAUUGCACUUGGGAUUGCCAGGGGAUUGGCUUAUCUUCAUGAGAAGUGCAGAGAUUGCAUCAUACACUGUGAUAUCAAACCGGAGAACAUACUUUUGGAUGCCGAAUUCUGUGCAAAAGUAGCAGAUUUUGGUUUGGCAAAGCUUGUGGGGCGGGAUUUCAGCCGGGUUCUGACAACCAUGAGAGGUACCAGAGGAUACCUUGCACCAGAAUGGAUUUCGGGUAUGGCUAUCACAGCUAAAGCUGAUGUGUAUAGCUAUGGCAUGAUGCUUUUUGAAAUUAUAUCAGGAAGGAGAAACUCUGAGCAAUCGGAAGAUGGGAAGGUUUCAUUCUUCCCAACUUGGGCCGCAAGCCAAAUAAACAAAGGUGAGGAUGUGCUUGGUAUAUUGGACUACAGGCUAGAGGGUAAUGCCAAUGUGGAAGAACUAACUAGAGCUUGUAGAGUUGCUUGUUGGUGCAUCCAAGAUGACGAAAUUCACAGGCCAUCAAUGGGCCAAGUAGUUCAGAUAUUUGAAGGGGUUUUGGAGGUAAACCCACCUCCAGUCCCAAGAUCUCUCCAGGUUCUUGUGGAGAAUGGUGACCACAUCAUUUUCUUCUCUGAGUCUUCUUCCAACCACAGUCAACAGGCACGGAGUAGCAUGUCCAAGUCUGCCUCACAGACACAGUCGAAGAGCACUUCAUCAACAAGUUCCCAACCAUGAAGUUUAUCAAGUUGGGAUUUGGGGAUUGAUGUCAAAAUCUUCUACCAUUCAUCAGCUAAUAAAACCAUAUUCUGCAGUUUUACAUAAAUUAUAAAGUGUGUCUUCAUUCACACCUCCUGCUUGCAUGCUUUGUAAGGAAGAUAUAUGCUUCUUAGUUGUCACUGUCAUUGAUGUAUUUGAAUAUUGUUUUUCAUCCCAAAGAUUAAGCAGUUGAGAUCUGUAAUUAGGAUGAAGGGCCUCAUGCAGGGUAUCUGGGGCUUGGUUGCUUGGGAUUUUAUGGACUCUAAACUAGUAGGGCUGCAAAAGGUAUCUAUCUA